GAACGGCUGAUGGAGACAUUUUAAAAUAAACACACAGCUAGCCGCCAACGGCUAACGGGGCUCGCUAAGGUGCGAGCGCACUGCGCCAAAAACACGUUCAAAUUCGGCCAAGUUUCCGAGAAGUGAAGCACAUUUCGCAGGGCGUCGUCCAUGCGCGGCGAGUCAAAGAGACUACAAAUCACCGAAGAUGUGGAAAAGUGACACCGGGAAAAGAAGAUUAUAACCAACGCCGCGCAGGUGAGCUCCUGUCCAGGCACAUUGGUCCAUGUUUGCUGGACCUUUGGGCUCUGGGCUCAACUAGAAUGAAGAUGGCUGAUUUAGAGAAGGCAGAGGAAUUUGUGGAUGCCGAGUGCCUUGACGAAGCACAAUCAGCCAUGGCUUUUGUUCACAGAGAGCAGGAUGAGCAUCUGAAAACGGAGACCACCACCAGUACAAGCUCACCACCAAGGGAAAAAGAGGGAGACAGCCCCUUGCAUACAGAGAGUGAGCAGAGUCUCCUCUCCAUGCCAUGCCUGAUGAAAGAGCUCCGCCGAGACUCCCCAGACUCCCAGCAUGCCUCUACAGGGAGUGACAAGCCCGUGUCUGGUCAUAUCUAUGAGAGUGACUCCUCAAACCCCUGCAUGCUCUCCCCCUCAUCCAGUGGCCACCUUGCUGACUCAGACACGCUCUCCUCGGGGGAAGAAGGUGUUGCUGCUCCUCCCGCAGGCGAAGAGGGCAACAUGGAGGCUGUAAACGAUUCUGGGCAGGCAGGAAGAAAGCAAGCAUCUGCCUCGGCAACAGGGGGCAGGAAGUCUCGGCGGUCACGAUCAGAGAGCGAGAUGCCUCCCAAUGCAAUGGCUGCGAAGAAAAAUCGCUGCCAGCCCACUGUGGCCGCAGCAGGAGGGCAGGAAAAACAAACCAACGGCAAGUUGGGGAAAGUGAAAGGUCACCGGAGCCAGAAACACAAGGAGCGCAUGCGUUUGCUCAGGCAAAAACGAGAGGCAGCAGCACGGAAGAAAUAUAACCUGCUGCAGGACAGCAGUACGAGUGACAGCGAGCUCACGUGUGACUCCAGCACCAGCACCUCUGACGACGAGGAUGACGACACUUCAGGAGGUAGCAAGACAAUCAAGACAGAUAUUCCAGACGGGCCUCCUGUAGUGGGUCACUAUGAUAUUUCAGACACUGAUUCUAACCAGGAGAGUAUGUGUGUGGACACAGUCCGGCCCACGGUGAUAAAGCAUGAGCUAAAAACGCACAGAGGCCAGGAUUUGGCAGCUCACACUGGGUGUGUAAGAGCUCUGAGCUCUAUCUCAGGCCACGUGGAGGCCGAGCUGUCGCACAAGGAGAGUUCUCAACGCAACAAGGGCCAGAUUAACAUUGCUUCCUCUGACAGUGAGGUGGAAAUUGUCGGGGUGCAGGAGAAACCAAGAUGUGCCCACCCGUGCGGGGGUGUGAUAAAGAGUCUGUCCUCCUGGCAGGAGAGCUCGGUGGAGCAGUUAAACAGCACAAAUCAACCACAGCUCUGGACUACUGUCUCUCCCCAGCCUAACUGGGUGUCCCCUCCCGAAGUGGUGGACCUCACGUUGGACGAGGACGCCGGACACAAAUACCUACUUUAAACUACUUUUACACUGAAGACUCCUCGUUUCCUCGUCCCUCUCGCCUUCGCCUUCGCCUCCGCCUCCGUGUUUUCGCCCGAAAUUGCAGCCUCGCCUGUAACCGCGCGUGGACUCUGUAACGGCUCCAGAGCACCGUUUUUUUGUUUUGUUUCUAACUUACAGUUGAACAAUCAUAUAUCAAAGCCAUUCUGCUGACACGAUUCCCUGGGCCCCGGCUUGUCGGCUAUGAAUUUAGUUGUGAUAUAAAAUGGCACAGCACUUCCAGUGCAGGUGGAAAUGAACCGUAAUUGAUUUAUCUGUUAAUGAUAGCAAUAUCCUCCCUUCGUUUUAAUACCUCAGUUACCCCUCGAUAGCGGGUGUGGGUAGUUAUUUUGCGCUUGCAAGCAAGGCGUAUAGUGAAAAAACUUCAAGUUGCUGCUUGAAAGCAGGUCAGUAUCACGACAUUGCAGUUGACCCGUUUCACCGCAGACUCUGAACGGCAUAUUUUCAGACCGGAUUCUGCAUUUUUCUCCGCAGUCACCUGCGGUCGAGACAAAAUGGUAGCUGGUACACGUUCUGUUGUACAGUAGACCACAGACGGGAGCAUUUGCUUUAAACCUGUCGAGGGUCACUUUCGUUUGCAGCAGUCGCACCACUGGUUUCAUAUUCAGCUCUGCGUUGGUAGCUUUGCUUUACUACACAGUGCCCAGCCUCAGCACAGCCUGCGCUCUGAUUAUCUGCUCAGUGUUUUUGUUUCUUGUCGUAAAGAACCGUUUGUGAAAUUAUUAUUGUUCACUUUUUUUUUUUUUGCUCGGAAUCAAAUGAGGAUUGAGAUUGAUAAAUCAAUUACACAUCUGUUUGGUAAACAUAAGACUGCAGCCAGCCGCUGGUUGGUAUAGCUUAUCAUAAGGAAUGGAAAAGGGGAAACGACUAACCUUGGGUUGUCUGAAGGUUAAAAACGGCACCUAUCUUGUUUGUUCAACAACAACAAAAGCCAGGUAGUAAAACUUCUAACCUUCACAGGCUAGUAUCUCUCCGUUCUCUGAGUCUGUGCUAAGCUACGGUAACCGGCUGCAGCUAGGCAGGACAGUGGUAUUUUCUCAUUUAGCAUGAACUCCCCACCAAAAAGUAAAUAAGUGGAUUUCUAAAAGAUCUUUCUCGCUUUAAAUUCACAGCUCUUGUUUCCUUUAUUUCCCAUUUUACAGUAGGCCCUUCCUUAUUUCAUGAAAACAAGCAGAAAAGCACUGGUAAAUUCAGACUCUGAGGUGGGGAAAAAGAUUAACAAGCACAUUUGUCACAGACACACUACCAAGUACAACUCCUUUCCACUGCAGCGGCGCGACACUAUGUGGCGGCGACGGCGUAUUGGCGACUGAACUCCUGUAUCUUUUGUUUCAAGAUAUAUUUCUCGCGUUGACGCCACGUCUCUGCCACAGAGCGUGGGGGCCGACGCAGUUCUGAGUGAAUGUAUGACCCUGCAGUGCUGACUGGGUGCACUUACGGUUUGCAUGCUUAUUCUGAGUGGAUGCAAACACCUAUGAACCUCUGGGGACCCCUUUAUAUGACAACUGAGGAUACCGUAUCUUCCAUUGAAUACUGCAAAGCAAGAUGGCCUGAAUGCCUUGAAACGUGCACUAUUUUCUUUUUAGAAUGGUAUAAAGCUUAUUCUUUUACCUAUAAAGCCGUGGAUUUUGCUAUCUCGACAAUAAAUAUUUUAAUAAUAGAUGUGAAUAUAGCACAUGUAGAAGUUGGUGUUGAGUUUGUGUCCACAUGUGGGGCGAUUAUAGGAGAGAGAUUUAUGUAUGUGAACUGUUAAUCACCCUGGUCCUCGGGGGCCUGCUCGCUCCCUUUCCCCUGUGGUCUUAUUUUUGUCUUCAUGCAGUACUGCAGCCACGCUGGAAAAUUAUAUUCUUUUUUUUUUCUUUCUUUUUCAUCAACGAUCCAACUUCAUACACUGUUUUAGCUCUUUAGAUUUGUUCUAUUGCACAUUUAAUAACAUCAUCAUUCUUAAGCGAUGCUUGAGAAAUCUAGAGUUGUGUUAUCUUUAAGUCUGUUGGUCACAGAAAGGGAAAAUCCUAAAUCUAUGGAACUAAACCAAAGUCUAAAUGGACAACGUUUUCAGUUUGUUUCUUUCCCGUUUAAAAGAAGAAAAAAAAUCCUUCCCUUUAUUCUUUUCAUUUACUCCUCAAGUCUGAAUAUUUUUAAUUUUGGAAGUCUUCGGUGCAUUUCUGGUGAAAUGAAUUGUGUUUCACAUUCAAGAUACAGCUCACAAUGUGACAUUUUGGUCCACUGGCCAGUUAUUUCUGUUUGCCACUUUAUGCAGCUACUACUGUAGUGUUGAUUAUUUUACAGACCACUUCUGCCCGCAAAGUCCAUUUUGCUAUUGUUCCUUAAGAUUGUUUUGAAAUGCUAGUGAGACAUUGCUCGUGUCUUUAGAGAUAGAGGUUUGGUAGAGAAUAGGGCAGUGACGCUCAUACAGUUGCACAUUGCAUGUUUGAUCACAUCUUUUAACCUCAAGUCCGAUAUUACCCUCAUAACCUGUAAUUUAGCAUUGCUCUUCUGUCAUCCUUCUUUUUUAUUUUACUGUCAGUAUUUUAAAUUAACAAAAGGGUGUUUAUUUUGUUGCUUCUGCAGGUCCUUGACUUCCUUCAAAUUGUGUCUGUAGAACAAAAAGAAACUAUUUUAAAACGAAAUAAAUAGAGCAUUAUUUAAUGAC